CGCUGGAGUUCUUCUCUCUUCAGUCAGUGAUGGUCAGCUGUGAAGAGAAGGCAUUCCGAAAUGCGCCUUAGGCAUGUAACUCUGAAUUUCAGGGAUACGCUCCGGCACCACAAUGUUCGUGUACGGUUCCGAAAUAACGUAGACAUGUAAUAUGAUUGUACAAAGUGUAAUUUCACGGUGAAAAUCUGGCGUGAACGGUGCCGCGGUGGGUCGGGGAUCAUGGCGUCGAUCUCGGCCGAUACCCCAGCCAGCCACGGGCACAGUUUCAGCAAGAAAACAUUUCACAGGCCGACCUACUGUCAUCAUUGCACAGACAUGCUCUGGGGACUGAUCCAGCAGGGCUACAUCUGCGAAGUAUGCAACUUCGUAGUGCAUGACCGCUGCCUCAAGACCGUUGUCUCACCAUGUUCCAGCAUUGCAGCAAGUCUCAUAAAGAACCCCGUAGCCCACUGUUGGUCAGAACAAAGUCAACACAAGCGCAAAUUUUGCAAUGUCUGCCGCAAGAGACUUGAGGACAGUCUGGCCACUCAUUGUGAAAUUUGUGAGUACUUUGUGCACGGGGAAUGCCAGGACUUUGCAGUAGCCGACUGCAAGGAGAAUGCCACUUACAUCCCAGGCAAGGAGCUGUCACUUGUGCAUCAUCAGCAUCACUGGCGUGAAGGCAACCUGCCGAGCAACUCCAAGUGUGCCGUCUGCAAGAAGGCUUGCUGGUCGGCCGAGUGCUUGGCAAGUUACCGAUGCGAGUGGUGUGGCAUCACGAGUCAUACAGCUUGUCAUCGGAGUAUUAUUAGUGAUUGCAAGUUUGGUAACCUGGAACCCAUCUACCUGCCGCCUCAUGCCGUCAGCAUUCCCCGCACCGAAGUGCCCAUGGAAGCAAUCAUCGGAGUUCAAGUUCGCCGCAAGGAAACCAUGUCACCUCGGAGUAUAUCUGAAGAGUUUAGUAGUGGUGAUACUCGGUACAGAGAUAACGAAGAGACUGUAUCAUCACAUGGGAAAGAACGGAAAGACAAGGAAGACAGAGAUGAAGAAAUGAUCAAAGUGUAUGAUGGAAACAAUUCACUAAGAAGAAGGAUAUUUCGAGUGGUCACGGUUUCCAGGCUUGCCAACACUGACCACAUUUUACUCACUGCUCUUAGAGCUUUCCAUAUAACUAAAGAUCCACAAAAUUUUUACCUAACAGAUUUAUAUUCUCCCGAAGAAUCAACAUUAAGUGAUCCAUGCCCAGUUAUGAAUCUUCAUAGAAGAGAAGGAAAAAGACCUGCAGUCUUCCUAAGGUUUAAAGACAGAGACAACGACAGUGGAGAAGUGAGAGUGUACCCAGGAAAGCUUCAAGUCCCUGUUCCAUUUUGUACAAUUAGAAUAAAUGCCCAAACAUCCAUCACUGACUUAAUCAACGAAGCACUGAAAUCUUUCGGACUGGAGAAUCUACGCCAUGAAGAUUUUAGAUUAAGUGAGAUUCUUCUAGACCGUGGAGUCAGUGAAAGGGUACUGCAGAGAGAUGAAAAACCCUGGGAUAUUGUUAAAAGUCUUGGAAAAGACUCCAUACGUCAAAUGGAACUAAUGAGAUUUUAUCUACAAUUAAAACAAGAUCCACAUGGCCCUAACCUUGCACUUUUUGUUGGAAAUCUGCCUCCUAACCUAUCACAACGCAACUACGAGAACCUUCUAACGGAGUUUCUUGGCAGAGAAAACAAGUUUUCUUCUAUUGGGCCUAUAUACUAUGAAUAUGGAUCAAUGGUCAUCACAUACGAAGAUUCCAACAAAGCUGUGCGUGCACUUUACACUCUUAGGGAAUCAUGUUAUGAGGAUAAGCAUUUGUUAGUAAUGUUGCUGCCGAAUAUUGAACCCAGCAUGGUACCACCUGGUGUACAGCCACUGCUGGUGUUCGUAAACGUCAAGUCUGGCGGCUGUCAAGGCCUUGAGCUUAUCUCCAGCUUCCGCAAACUGCUCAAUCCUUAUCAGGUCUUCGAUUUGGAUAAUGGAGGCCCCCUUCCAGGGUUGUAUGUGUUCAGGCACAUAAAGGACUACAAGAUCUUGGUAUGUGGAGGAGACGGGACGAUUGGCUGGGUGCUGCAGUGCCUAGAUAAUGUGGGACAGGACAGCGAGUGUUCAUCGCCCCCGUGUGCCAUUGUGCCACUAGGUACCGGCAACGAUCUGGCACGUGUUCUGCGGUGGGGUCCAGGCUACACAGGUGGGGAAGAUCCCAUGAACCUUCUGCGAGACGUCAUCGAUGCUGAGGAGAUACGUUUGGACCGAUGGACUGUUGUUUUCCAUCCAGAAGACAAGGCCGAUGACAAGUUCCAGCAGAUUACCAAUAACACAGGGUCCACAAGCGAAGAUAACACUCAGAUCUAUGUAAUGAACAACUACUUUGGCAUUGGAAUUGAUGCUGACUUGUGUCUGGAUUUUCACAAUGCAAGGGAAGAAAAUCCAAAUAAGUUCAACAGCAGAUUGCACAAUAAAGGCGUGUAUGUAAAGAUGGGCUUGCGAAAAAUGGUGGGCCGGAAGAUGUGUAAAGACUUGCACAGAGAGGUUCGGCUAGAAGUGGAUGGCAAAGUGGUUGAACUUCCUCCUGUUGAGGGAAUUAUCAUCCUGAACAUUCUCAGUUGGGGCUCAGGAGCCAAUCCGUGGGGGCCUGAGAGAGAAGAUCACUUCUCCAAACCCAACCAUUGGGACGGCAUGCUUGAGGUGGUGGGAGUGACGGGUGUGGUACAUCUCGGACAGAUUCAGUCUGGACUGCGGUCGGCCAUGCGAAUUGCUCAGGGAGGACACAUCAAGAUCCACCUGAACUGCGAGACACCAGUACAGGUGGAUGGUGAGCCGUGGGUGCAGAGCGCAGGAGAUGUUGUUGUCUUGAAGUCUGCACUUAAGGCGACCAUGUUGAAGAAACUGAAAGGCAAGAUGAAGCGGCGCAACACGGAACCGUUUAUGGUGCAAGGUCCUGGGAGCGGCCCCCAGCUGGUGCUUCCCCCAGAGUCGGAUGUCAGCAACCAUAACAACGCCUUCUGAGUGUCGCGUCAGCACUCGCACAGGGCAUGGGCUUACUAGUCACUCACCGCACAGUUCAUCGCAUACGUUUCUUUUUUUAUUGUUUUUAAUGUAAAGUAUUCGAAAAUAUAUUUCUAAAGGAAAUGGAAAGUAAACUGUAAUGAUGAAUUGUUACAUAAAAGUAUGGUAUUUUUACCAAAACCAAUCUCAAGAUAUGUGUCAUUAUACAACUGAAACUAUAUUGUGACUUUGGACUUGUCAGAUAUUGUCAUUUUUGUACUUUAUGAUUGUUUAUUUUCGCCAGUAGAUCUCUGUGAAUACAGAGAAAUUCUUCUAGUCACCUUUUCUUUCUAGUCAUAUUUAUUAAUUUUUGAAAUACUUAUUCAUUGUUAGUCCUUAAUUAAAUUUGAAGUAGAUACAAUUAUAAACUUUUCAGUACAUCGGAUAAAAUAUAAGCUCUGUAAUAUACGAUUUGUUACGUUUGAUUUUCAUAUGAAAAUCAGUUGUAUGUAUUUAUUUUUUGUAUUAACAUCUGGCAACUGUUAAUUUGCAACCGACUAUAAAUGAUAAGUGAGAUGUGAUUAAGCAAGUAGUUAGCUGGUGUGUGUUAUCAGUUCCCUGAGUAUUGGCUUAUCAGAGGGAGAGGACAGGAGAACCAACUGUGACGACAUGGGCCCGGGGACAUGGAUAUCCAGUGUUCAAGUAGUGAUGAUGUACAUACAGAAGAUCCAAGAGUGGCACGGCUCGUGCCAGUGAGAGGACGCUAGUGCACGCAGCUGUAGCGGAUACUGGGUGCUAUCGGAGCCGGACUCGAACGUUGUGUUAGAUCUGUGAUAAAUGGCUGCCCUUGUAAGCAAAAAUCAGGAACUGAUCGGUUGAGAUUUUAAAAUAGAAAAAAUAAAAUACCUCUCCUGCUAAAUGUAUUGUGUCUAAUUUUCAAUUCAAGCUGAUGGCAUCGACGCCGCAAAGGUGACAAUAGCAAGUCGACAUCUCGCUGUCUGUUGGCUCUGUGGCGUCGAGGCUUUGUUUGCAACGGUCUGUCUUCCUUACCGGAUGUGGAUGACCGACGUGAGAUCGUCAGUCGUCACCUGUGCUUGGGGCUCAGUUGCUCACAGAGUGCCGAUCCGGGGCGUUACCUGUGAGCGAUACGCAUCGGUGACUACUGGCUUCAGCUCUAUGUUUUAUUGCUUAGCGUCAUAUUGAGGAGAGAUUCCAUCACUUUUCUGUAAGAGGAGGAACUUUGGUGUGCUAUGUAUACAUAAUAUAAAUAUAUAUAAAUAAAUAUAUAUACUACCAUUUUUACGUUAUUCUAACAUCAAAGAAUAAACCACAUUGCAAGAACUCAAAAUGACUUCCCGAAAGUAUUAAACCAUGUGUGUACAGCAUAUGAUGAAUAAAUGAGUUCUUUUGCAAUACGGUACUCCAUAUACCGUUAUAGUCUCUAUCUCUCUUAAAGGUUAUUAUUAAAUGUAAUUAUGUCACAAAAUAGACAUAAAAUUGUGAGUAAAAUAAAUAGUAUUAAUGUA